CACAGCUGAGAAACCUUUGGACUUUGUUUAAUUAACAAUUAAUUGUAGCAACUAAAUAAAAGUGUUUCAUCGGAACAUCCCGCAGCUCGUUUACCCAGCACAACCUUUUACCAUGUUUGCCAGCAACACGCGUAACCUAAUGCGCAGCAGCUUUCUGCAGCGCUGCAAGAGCACCUUGGUGGUGGCGGAGCACAACAAUGAGGCACUGAAUCCCAUCACACUGAACACAAUUUCGGCGGCCAAGAAAAUCGGCGGUGACGUGACGGUUCUUGUGGCAGGCACCAAAUGCGGACCCGCCUCCGAAGCUCUGUCCAAGGUGGAGGGCGUCACCAAGAUUCUGGUAGCUGAGAAUGCCGCGUUUAAGGGAUUCACCUCCGAGUCGCUGACGCCACUGAUUGUGGCCGCCCAGGCGCAGUUCAAGUACACCCACAUCCUGGCUGGAGCAUCGGCAUUUGGCAAGAACGUGCUGCCCCGUGUGGCAGCCAAGCUGGAUGUGUCGCCCAUUUCGGAGGUGAUUGACAUCAAGUCCGAGGACACGUUUGUGCGCACCAUCUACGCGGGCAAUGCGAUCCUCACCCUCAAGUCGAAGGACGCCGUCAAGGUGAUCACUGUGCGUGGCACCAACUUCCAGCCAGCGGCCACCAGUGGAGGCAGCGGCACCAUCGAGCAGGCCGCAGCCGGCGACUAUGCCAGCAGCUUGUCCGAAUUCGUCAGCCAAGAGCUGACCAAAUCCGACCGUCCCGAGCUGACGGGCGCCAAGGUCAUCAUCUCCGGUGGACGUGGCCUCAAGUCUGGCGAUAACUUCAAGCUGCUCUACGAUCUGGCCGAUAAGUUUGGCGCUGCUGUCGGCGCCUCCCGUGCCGCCGUCGAUGCCGGCUUCGUGCCCAACGAUCUGCAGAUUGGACAAACGGGCAAAAUCGUGGCCCCAGAUCUAUACAUUGCCGUUGGCAUUUCGGGCGCCAUUCAACAUUUGGCCGGCAUGAAGGAUUCAAAGACGAUUGUGGCCAUCAACAAGGACCCGGAGGCGCCCAUUUUCCAGGUGGCCGACAUCGGCAUCGUGGCGGAUCUGUUCAAGGCCGUGCCCGAGCUAACCGGCAAGUUGUAAGCGGAGCCACGUGGAGCCGUGCUGUGGCAUAAUAAUAUCAGAUCAGAUUCUAUGAUCAAGAAUUGA